UAUAUACACCACACACGUAACCUCCCCUUCUUCCUUCACACCACACUCCCAUCCUACACAAAAUGCGCACUCUCACACUCACUGCGUCUUCUAUCUAACAAAAUAUACUAUCUUCCUUUCAUACCUGAUUUCCAGCCAUGGACUUGAGCCAUAUGACGUUGGAGAUUUUCUCCAAGUUGGAGCAGAAGUGGUUGUACCAAUGCGACGGUAAAAAAACGCGUGUUUUGAGCAUCGACGGCGGGGGAACCACCGCCAUUGUCGCCGGCGCCGCCUUGGUUCACCUCGAGGAGCAGAUCCAAGCGCGAACUGGCGAUCCCGCCGCUCGGAUCUCUGAUUUCUUUGACAUUGCUGUCGGUACUGGAAUCGGCGCUCUCCUCGCCGCGAUGCUCGUCGCCGACGCCGGCUCCGGCCGCCCGCUCUUCACCGCACGCGAAGCCGUCGAUUUCGUGGCGGAGAAUCAGAGAGAGAUGUUCAGAGUGACGCGCGCCUCCGCCUUCCGGCGGCAGAUUAGGUACUCGGGCAAGAGCAUGGAUGCGGUGCUGCGGGCGGCGUUCCGGCGGAGCAGCGACGGGAAGGAUUUGACGCUCAAGGACACGUGUAAGCCUCUCCUCGUGCCGUGUUUCGAUUUAAACAGCUCGGCGCCGUUCGUGUUCUCCCGCGCCGACGCCGCCGAGUCUUCGAGCUUCGACUUCGAGCUGUGGAAGGUCAUCCGUGCCACGUCGGCGACGCCGUCGAUGUUCAAGCCGUUCAGGCUGACCUCGAGCGACGGCAAGACCUCCUGCCUGGCGGUGGACGGCGGACUCGUCAUGAACAACCCCACCGCCGCCGCCGUCACACACGUCCUGCACAACAAGAGAGAUUUUUCGUCGGUAACCGGCGUCGAUGAUCUGCUGGUGCUUUCGAUCGGCAACGGCCACUCGAGCAGCCCGCAGACGACGAAGCUCCGCCGAGGCGGCGACUGCUCGACGGCGGCGGUCGUCGGCAUCGUCCGCGACGGCGUCUCCGAGACGAUCGACCAAUUGCUCGGCAACGCAUUCUGCUGGAAUCCGAAUGAUUACGUCAGAGUUCAGGCUAACGUCGGGGUUUCGAGCGCGGCGGAGGUGCUGGCGGAGAGAGGGGUGGAGUCACUGCCAUUUGGCGGGAAGCGUCUGCUGACGGAGACUAACGGAGAGAGAAUCGUAGGGUUUGUGCAGCGGCUCGUAGCAACGGGGAAGAGUAGCUUGCCGCCGAGCCCGAGCAAGGAAACUGCCGUAAAUCCGCUAGUUGACGGCCGUUAGUUUUUGUUUAAAAAUUAAUUUCGAGUAUUUUGUCCUUUUUCUUAAUUUCAGUUUUUAAUUAGUGGGGUUACUCUCGACUUUAACCCGUAGCCAAUAUAAUUAAAUAAUAAAAAGCUAGUGCUACUACUGACCGUUUAGCAUCUAAUUA